AUGUACGACUCAAUUUCUCAUUCGUUUCUAUUUCAGUUGACUGCAGAAGUUUUAUCAGCUGAUGGAAACGUGAAGGCAAAAUCUAGUCGGCCCUGCAUGUUGCGGUUUAGAAGCCUGCCGAUUCAGCUUCUACGAACAUUUAUCAUGGGUGUACCCUUAACGUUAGGAAUUUCUGAAGAAACCCAGAAGAUCUCUGUUAAAAUGUUACAGCUCAAGGAAAGCUAUCCAAGAAGCAAAGAGCUGAGAGUGACUUUAAUUCCAAGGGCUGGAACAGUAUACCUCCCGCAGAUGUAUGAAGCAGAAAUUCUGCUGAAUUCUCAGCUGCCAUGGACAAAAGAAGUGGUGCGCAAUUGGAAAUGGACAUUUUAUGUCUGGACAUCCUUAUAUAUUUACAUUACAAUGCUUGUAAUUCUAACAUGUUGCUGUAGGCCACUUGUUUUCCCAAUGACAGCAGUAAAUUUCAGCUACCGCCGCUAUGGUGUUGAUCAGAGAGAGGAUACUGGAGAAUCAACAGAUGCACAGGCUGCAGCAAGGGAUGAAAAGGAAAUUUCAGAGCUUCUGAGAAAAUGGCAGCAAAGGAGGAAGAGAAAGGCAAUAAUUUUUCAUAGAGAUAUGGCAGACACAGAAUGCUCAUCAGCAUCAAGCAUGAGCAUUACCAGGGACGACACAAGUAUGGCUGUUGAUAUUGAAGAGGACAUUGUAGAUUCAGAAUAG